UUCUAGUCGGAUCUUCAGUUCUUUCGUUUGAGAAUUUUACGCUUAGAAUAUAUCUCUAUACAUCGCUUGUUCCUUCUUUCUCUUGUACUGUCAGCUCGCUUUUUUUGCGCUUCUCGAGAUCUUAUAUCUAUAGGCACAGACACCAUGACUAGAGACCAAGGAUCGUUCUCAGCCCCUCCGCAAGUCCUCACUUUUGAUGGUCUUCUUUCGGACUUCGAUGGUACUAUCAUCGACUCGACUGAUGCGAUCGUGAAGCACUGGCACAAGGUCGGCGCGGAGCUCGGCGUUGACCCCAACGUCAUCUUGGCUACAUCUCAUGGACGUCGGAGCAUUGAUACGCUGCAGCUGUAUGACCCGAAGCUAGCAAACUGGGAGUAUGUCAGCCAGAUCGAAGGACGCAUCCCUAAAGAAUAUGGUUCGGACGCCGUUGAAAUCCCCGGAGCUAGAAACUUCCUUUCGCAGCUUGACGAGACCAGUGCGUGCUGGGGCGUCGUCACCUCCGGAUCACGCGCACUCAUCGAUGGUUGGUUGGGUGUUCUCGACCUCACGCACCCAAAAAUGCUUGUUGUUGCGGAGGAUGUUGAGCUGGGCAAGCCUGACCCGCGGUGCUAUCUGCUUGGGCGUAAGCGGCUCGGACUGGAACAUUCGUCAUCGCUAGUCGUGCUUGAGGAUGCGCCCUCGGGCAUUAGGGCAGGCAAGGCGGCGGGAUUCAAGGUGAUUGCGCUGACGACGACCCACUCGCUGGCUCAGCUUCAAGAGGCUGGUGCAGACUGGAUUGUGGAGGAUCUGAGAAGUGUUUCCGUCAAGGGCGUAGUUGAUGGACGACUUCAGCUGGAGAUUCGGAAUGCGUAUCAAUAAAGGGGAGAUAUGGAGUCAAUAGACUAGACCGAUCCUAGGUUCCCACCUUCCUUCUUCUUAUCCUGUUUCCCCCCAAAUUCUCUUGUAUUGUUUCUAGGGUUGUGUAGACCGUUAUUUAUUUCUUUGUACAUAGAAGGUUAGAUCGUAGAUUCCGAAGUACCGAACCCGUUCAGGUGAUA